AUGGGCCGCCCGGACGACGACCUCUCCAUCGCCCAGAUCGGCCUGGCCGGCGCCGGCGCUGGCCCUGCCGUUAGCUUUGUUGCAUGCCCCACAGAGCUGAUUAAGUGCCGCUUGCAGGCACAGCCGGGCGCCUUUAAUGGUGCUAUCGAUUGUACAAGGCAGGUCGUUGCUAACAGGGGUAUGGGAGGCUUGUUCACGGGCAUGGGCGCUACUAUGGUCAGGGAGAUGCCGGGAAAUGCUCUCAUGUUCAUGACUUACAAUGCUACUAUGAGGGCUUUGUGUAGCCCGGGGCAGGCUACGAAGGAUCUCUCCGCCUCGCAGCUUAUGUUUGCGGGUGGAAUGGCUUGUUUAGCCUUCUGGAUGCCGUGUUACCCAAUCGAUUUUGCGAAAACGCUCAUCCAGACGGACAGCGAAACCAACCCGCGGUAUCGUGGGUUGCUGGAUUGCAUGCGAAAGACUGUCAAGGCGGAAGGCGUCGGCGGCUUGUACAAGGGCAUCGGUCCUUGUCUGGCUAGGGCGGUCCCGGCUAACGCCGUCACGUUCCUGAUUGAUCAGUGUACGCUGCAAUUAUUAGGCCACUCUUAG